AUGUCGCGUGAUCUAACAAGGCAGAACAUCCCAUCUAUUGACAAGAAAACGAGAAAAGAAAUAGACCGUCAACAUACUCUACUCGCUGCAGAGCUCGAUAAGAGAGCAUUGAAAGGGAAUGCGAAGGUAGAAGACUGGAGACAUUACAAAGAAUUCACGGGACUGACAAAAAAAGAGAAAAGGGAAAGAUUUCAGAUAACACAACAAAGAAACGAGAUUUUGGAUGAGUUGAAAAAGGUUCGACGAAGCUAUACAGGGCAUUAUGACGAGACUAAAUCGCCGAUAGAAAACAUUCAAAGCGCUUUAAGACAUCAAAGCCAAACACCACUGAGAAGCUCAAGAUUAGAUGUACCGAAUGUAUAUCCUAUGCGAAAAACAAAAUCAAUGGAAAGUAUGCCAUUGAGGACAAGGCCUACAAGCCCUUCCACGGCUGAACGUGAAGCCCAGCGACCCAAAACUGUGCAUUCAGUGAAGAAAACUUCACCAAAAACUUCGAAGUCAGCAAAACUACAGGUGUGA